AUGCCUUUAACUCGUCCGAAUAUAACAAUUAUUCUUGCUUAUAUUAUUAUUGGAUUAACUCUAAGUGCAAUUAUAUUAGUUGUACUUUCUAUAAGUACUACUCAUUGGAUACAUACAAUACGUAUGCGAGCUGGAUUUUGGAAACUUUGUCAUUUAGAACCAUUGGCAUGUUUUCAUUCUGUCGUACGUUCUCCAGCUGCUUUAUCAUUGACCGGAUUGUUUUUAAUUGUUAUUGGUUUGGUAUCAACUUUCAUAUUUGACAUUAUUGGUUAUCAUGCAGCAUCAUCUGUUCGAUUUAUUUCAUUAUUAUCUGCUUUGUCAUUAGGACUCGGCACAUUUUUUUUCGUUAUGAGUUAUGUAGCAUUUUCUCGUAUAGUUGCACAAUUUUGUUAUUCCUAUUAUUUAGUGGUUGCUGGGCAAUUAUUGUCAAUGAGUGCAGCAAUUUUAGCUAGCUAUUUAGAGGGACGACGAAAUGCAUUAGUAUCUACAUCGGCCAUAAUGAGUCGAUUGGUUGUGCGCAGACCUUGA